AUGCGUUUAACUGCAAUUCUUCGUUCAGUGAUCAAUGCAGCAACAAAUUCGAGCAUCUCUCGAACAAUUCCUGUUGCAACUAAACCUUCAAAUAUAUCCGAACCAUCAUUAAGUCAUUCUGAUAGUACUCUUAUUUUAUCAUUAAUCUUACCAUCAAGACAAGAAACAUGUCGAUUUCAUCUUAAUUUACAAACCGCAACUGUUGGUCAACUUCUAGAUGAAAUCAAACAAGAAGAUGCUGGUAUUGAACAUGCUCAUGUAUUUGAUGAAAAUGGAAAUAUAUUAUCAAAAGCAUAUAAAAUAAGUUCUCUUAUGAAUUCAUCAUUUACAGUACAAUUAAAUAAACAAAAAACAUUUCUUUUUGAUGCCGUUAAUAAAUUACAAGUAAAAGAAAGUGCAAUGAACAAUCCUAAAACUGAUGGACCAUCAAUAGAACAUACUGUAUCUGCACUAUAUCACGCAUUAAAUAUUAUGAAAGUUUAUCAUUCAAAAUAUAUUGUUUUAAAAAAUGAAGCCAAUGAAUUAGCGACACAACUUGAACCCUUAGAAAAAAUUAAAAAUAAACUAGCUGAUAUAUGUCAACGUCAUACAACUCGAUGUAUAUGGUAUGGUUUAGGUGCAAUGUCUUUUCAAGUUGGUAUUUUAGCUGAAUUAACAUGGGAUGUAUACUCAUGGGAUAUUGUUGAACCGAUUUCUUAUUUUAUUGCUUAUGGUACUGCAAUGGGAUUUUAUGCAUUUCAUUUAAUGACACGUGCUGAUUUUGAAUAUAUGACAAUGACUGAUCGAAUAUUUCUACGUCGAUUCUAUCGUGAAGCACGUCGUCAUUCAUUUGAUAUAUCCUUAUAUAAUCGUUUAAAAGAUCGUCUUUUUAUUGUACAUACUGAUUUAGCACGUUUAAGAUCUCCGUUAUCCUUAUCAUUACCUGCACCACCAAAUCCACUUAAAUGUAAAAUUAGUGGAGAAGAAUUAAGUCCAUUAGAUGCUUAUCGAGCAAGUAUACGUGUUGAAUUAUGA